CGGCAAAAGACAGUUGUUUUGGGGAUAAUUAGUAAAAUUACACAAGAGCAAUCAAAGUGGUAAUGUUGGGAUAUACCUUUGUUUGACUGCACGCGUGGGCAAAUAGCCUGGAGCCUUUAUACGCGGCUUGGCUAAGCGGAAAAUGAACUGAAGUGAACAAUGCUACGUAGCAAAAGCUAAAGGAUAAAGCCCAGACACAAGAGAUCCUUUGAAUGAUAAUGUUGAUGUACAAAACUAUGCAAGGCUGUCUUCUGGGUUCAAGCGAUCAGCGUGACCCUUGCAUGCCGAUAUAGUCAACUUUUAGUGGAUAAAUAAUUAAAGAGGACAGACAGAGAGACGGACGAGGGGAUACAGAGACAUAGAGCCCCUGUCAGUCAAAAUAGUGGGCGGAGCCUGGCCUGACAACGAGGCUGGUGGAUUCGAGCCAAUAUCGAAGAAAUACGGCAUAGAGGACAGUAAACAAGCGCGAUGCCAUCACGGAAGGCGGCAGUUUCUGCCGUUUUGUGGUCAAUAUAUUUACUGUCAUACGUAACAGAGAUCUCUUGUACCGGAGCGUUUGAAUUGGAACUUAGAUCAUUCCGCAAUGAGCAUGGACUUAAUAUGUACGGAAACUGUUGUAAUGGCAUUAGGACUGGAGGCACGUGUUCCUCCACUUGCCACACAUUCUUUAGGAUUUGUCUUGCCCACUACAUGGAAAAGAUAGGAUCGAACCCGGAUUGUACCUACAACUCUCACACGACGCCUGUUGUUGGAAAUAAUACUAUUGACUUCACGCAAAAGGAUUACUUACCAGUGGAUUACCAGAACCCUAUUCGAUUGCAGUUUACCUUCAAAUGGCCGCGGACAUUUUCCAUCAUCAUCGAAGCUUGGCACGACGCCACGUUCAACGGGCCAUCACCAGGUAGUACGAGGGAGCAGAUAGCGAGACUGGCCACCCAGGGCAGCGUGGACGUUGGGCCCGAGUGGAAACAGUUGAACUACAGCUCGCGCUACACCAACCUGGAGUACCGUUACCGGGUGACGUGCGACGAGCACUACUACGGCGACGGCUGCGCGCAGAUGUGUCGCCCACGUGACGAUAAGUUUGGACAUUACCGAUGUGACAAGAACGGGGACAAAGUGUGUCUGGAUGGAUGGACGGGGGACUACUGUGAACAAGCAAUGUGUCUCCCCAACUGUCACCAAAGUUACGGCUUCUGUGAUGUCCCCAACGAGUGCAAAUGCAUCAUGGGUUGGCAGGGGCCGUACUGUAACCAGUGCAUUCCUUACCCAGGUUGCCAGCAUGGAUCAUGUUCCAAGCCGUGGGACUGCAACUGUCAGGAGGGAUGGGGUGGACUGUUCUGCAAUCAAGAUCUCAACUUCUGCACUCAUCACAAACCGUGCAAGAACAGAGGGACGUGUACGAACACGGGCCAGGGCAGCUACACAUGUACGUGCAUCCAGGGUUUCAAUGGCACCAACUGUGAGGUGGAGAUAGACGAUUGUGAACGGCAGCCAUGUUCAAAUGGAGGCACUUGUGAGGAUAUUGGCAGUGGAUACAGAUGUCGCUGCCUGGAAGGAUAUUACGGCAGACGAUGUGGAAAUAUAGCCAACUCGUGUGAAAACAACCCCUGCGGAAGUGCAGGCACGUGCCAUGAGCGGGAGGGAACGUAUGCAUGUGAAUGCAACCCAGGCUACACCGGGCUCAACUGUGAGAUUGAUAUUAAUGAAUGCACGUCAAGACCGUGCAAAAACGGUGGACGCUGCAUAGACCAGCUGAAUGGAUUCCGAUGUGUGUGCUAUCCUGGCUUUUCUGGACCCACGUGCGAAGAAAACGAGGACAACUGUUCCCAUAAGCCUUGCUUCAACGGUGGAGUCUGCGAAGACGGUCUGAACGACUUCAAGUGUCGCUGUGUUCCUGGAUUCGUUGGACCUCUGUGUCAGGACAACGUCGACGAUUGCGAGAUGAGACCAUGUGCAAACGGAGGGUCUUGCCUGGACCGUGUCAACGAUUUCUCCUGUUCUUGUGCUCCAGGCUUCAUGGGAAAGGACUGCCGCAUCAAGAUUAACAUGUGUGCCAGCGAUCCUUGCAGACAUGGUGGAAAGUGUAUAGAUCAUCUGGCCGAGUAUAGCUGCGAGUGCGCUGUUGGAUUCUGGGGCAAAAACUGUCAGUUCUAUGAAGGAAUGACCAGCCCAACUGAUGUGACGACGGAAGCUACUAGAGUCACUGGAAAUGGUGAAGGUGGUAUCAUUACCACCACGGAGGAAGCUGGUGCAGGAAACCACAGUGGAAUAUUUCAGCCCGAAUCUGAAUCAGGAUUAUCCAAAUCUGAACUUCUCAUGGUGGUGGUUCUUGGUGCAGGAAUUCCACUAGUGCUGAUUAUCAUUGUCAUGAUUGUGUGUCUGUGUCGGCGCCGCAACCAUAAUAACAAAGAGAAUAAUAUGGAGAAGGAAAACCAACAAAACAUUGUGAACAACAUCAACAAUAAGAUUGUUGAGUCGAGUUCAUCAAACAUUAUCCCCACAAUUUCACAGAGUAGUUCAAACAGUUCCAGUAUUAAAAUUAGUAAUGAAGAAAAAGACUUCAGUAUGAAACAUUCAAAACAAACUAUUUUAGAAAUAUCUAGUAGCAAACAGUUUGUGAAAGACUUAAAUACAAAUGAACAUUCACAGCCAUAUUAUCCAAAAACAGACUAUGAUUUUGGAAAACCACCCAAGCGGCUGGAUUUGCAUUCGUCUCCUGUGGAAUCAAAUGGUUCCAUAAGUGACUACAGUCCGAGGGAUAUCCAAGAAGUAAUUGUGAAGCCUUCGUAUAUGGAAACCAACAGAAACUCUAUUUUAGUGCUGGACCCCACAAAUCACCGGCAUUCACACGUGGAAGAAGUGUUUGCCACAGAGGUGUAGCAGUCCAUGCAAGACCUUGACUAUCAACACUUGCAUACAGAACAUGUUGUUUUUCAAUGCACAGACUGCGACUGCCAACAGAUGGCUGUAGUGCAAUGCAAGUGUUUAACUGAAGUGCCUUGUGUUUUGUGCGGACAUGCAAUACGUUUUGUACAAAGAUGGCUUUGUUAAUACGAGAUUAUUAUUAUUUAUCAAAUGUGUUAUUCAAUAUUAUGGGGCUAAAAGCCUGUUAAAAACAAUAGUUCACAAGUGCUUUGCAUGGAUUUAGUGCGAAUGAGAGUGCAUGGAUGUGUGUCUGAUCAUUUCUGGCAAGCACUUGUGUACGUGGAUUCAUUCCACAAAUUCCAAAUGAGGGCAUCUUGUUUUGUUUUUUUUAAUAAAAAAUUAAUCUUUAUAAAGACUUUGAACACCGAAGGUUCCAAGGACGGAAUGCAAUUCCAAAAACAAAGUUACUUGACCAACGUGGACUGGAGCUUUUCCACACACCACUGCCGCAUCUUUUCAUCGAAACAACAUCGCUUUUUAUAUAGCCUGCGAUGUACCGUUCUCCACCCCAGGUUGCUCAUGUCUUGAGUAGCAGGAUUUUACAAAUGUUGAGAUCACUGGCAGCAAAUCAUACUUUCAUUCACGGAUGCAUUAUCAGUAACGUAAAGAAACAAAACAAAUACCAUGUAACUAUCACCAGACAUGGAUACACGUAUCAUUUUGCAUUAACGUUCUAUUGGGAUGGUUUCCACACUGCAGAGUGUGUGUGUGUAAUGUAUGUGCGCGCGUGUGUGUGUCGCUUGUAGAAGGAGAACAAUGGGAUUAUUUACUGGAAACAAACGCUUGGAAUGGCGUGCAAUGUCCAAUUUGAUGCUUUAUAUUGUGCAAUCGUUGUCUGUUCGAAGUACUUGCCAGCCAAGAAGCAGUUCCAUUUUGGUGGCAGCACACACUGGAAAGGAGAUUGACAGGAGGAGCUCAAGUGGUGUUUACCAACUAGUCGAAUGUAUUAUGUUUGCUGUGCAAGACUGGAUUUUUGUACUGUUAAAAAGAGUUGUAUGUAUUUGUUAAUAUAAUUUGAUGCAAUGAUGUUGCAUGUUGUCUCGACUCACUCCAUCAAUUGUCACCUGGUGUUGCUGGUAACGGGAUUUCACCCACUGAAGGAAGGAAAUUAAGUGCGAUAUUUAAUGCACCUGGUUAAAAGAAAAAUUCAAAGAAAAUUAUUUAAAUUUAAAAUCAUUCAUUUUGGGAUAAUGUAAAGUAGCUUGGGGUUUUUUCAUGACUGGUUCCAGCCGUAAUGGCACACUAUAUUGUAUACAUAUGGUUAGAACGCUUUGUUCGCCUGCAACCGUCAGAAUAGUUUGGUUCAGUCUCGGUAUCCAAUGAAAAUUUAAAAACGUAACUUAACAUGCUAUUUUUAGCAUUCUUGUAACAUUAGCAACCUUUGAAUGACAAUAAUUAACAAGACCGCUUAUUUGGUCAUUGAUGUCAAAACUUGUUUUGAGACGGCAAGCAAUCUGGUUUAUCAGGGAAAACUAGUAUGCAGUAACGUUUUCCAAUUGCGUUCAAAUUCGGUAUAAUUUCCCCUUGAGAAAUUUCCCGUGGUGGAUUGAAAUUAAAUAAAUGUUAAUUAUUUGUCCAAACUGUGGACGUUUAAUGCAAGAAAAGCAACGUUUGGUUUAAUUAAUGUAGAUACAUUUUGUGUUCAGGAUAUAGAAAUAUAUCAACAUGUGUAGCCAAACAUUACAAUGGACUGAGAUCAUGACUGUUGCGUAUCAAUGUGUCCUACCAGUCAGAACAGCAGCUCCAGGUGACAUUUGUUUGGCAGUGUGAUUUGUUGUUUAAUCAGAUGAUUGACAAAAUAUCUCGUCUGUACAAAUAUUGCACGCUGAUUGAAGAAUAUACUAAUUUAUUACCAAAAUGCACCGGUGACACCGGUGCUAGGAUAUACUGAAAAAAGCCAAACGACCUCCACUGCUUCGAAAACGCAUAACAUUACAUUUUGUGAUAAUUAUUUUUCUAUAAGAAUAGAAUUGGUAGCAAAAUUUCAAAGCUGGUCAUGGAUGCUAAUUGUUACUAAGAGACUUUGCAGUUUGAGGCAGUGGAAAUCGUUUAUGGUAUUACUAUUAAAUAGUGGAAUGAAUUUCCAUAAUUGUUGUUGAACUUUCUACAAAAUGGCAAUUCUGUUCACAAGGAACCUCUGUAUCACAAGUAUUAGUGUGAAGCCAGGCUUCCCCUUGUUAAUACGUCAUAUAAUAUAUUUUAAGAAGGUAGGACUAUAAUAUAAAUAAACCCAUGCUGUUAAUUUUAACUGGCACGAAAAUGUUUAAAAAUUAUUUUUUUGCAAGUUAGUUCAAAGCAUCUCUCUUUAUUUAUUUUUAAAAUUAAAUUGUUGAACUAAUUCCUGCAAUAUAUACCCUUGCAUCAUAUCGGUAUAUGCUCCAUAUUGUUAAGUAUCUCCUUGAGAUAUGCAGCAACAUUAAAACAAAAAUGCUAGAGCGAUUGGCCCACUAUCAUUCUGUGUCGAAAUAACAAAGGUGUCAACUAAUAGUAUAUUUAUUUUCUUGAGCUUCAAACCUUGUGUUCCAUUUGAUACAGGGGAUUCCCGUAGGACGGUGUCUGGCACGUGACUACACUGAAGUGCCUGGCGCCAUACUAUUUAUUCUUCCUAUCAUUCCAAAUUACAUUACAAACAGCUACUUAUCGGGCAUGUCCGGCUCAUCUUUAGCGAAGCAUCUCAUAUUAACAUGUAUCACAAAUAUCAUUAGAGCUAUGCUGUACAAUAGCUUUCGUUGUACCUUAACAUUUCCGUGCUGUUUGCAUUGAUUAAAGUGUGUAUUAAUAGGGAGAAGAAAAAACUCCCCGAUUUGUUAAUUGCAAAUCUAGAUAUGGAUGCUAAUAAUGUCCAAUCUAUUAGAAAUAACUGACCUUUAAUGCAUAUGUGCAUUUGGUUCUCCCAUUUGAUUUGUAAAAAAACAGAAGAAAAAAAAAAAAACAGUUUAAAUUCAUUGGCCAUUUUUAUAUUCACGCCAUUUUUCCGACAUGCUCGAUAAAGAAAAUGCUAGCAUUAUCACCCAUCAAAAUAUUGCAUUAUCUUCUACGCCAAUCAUGUCAUGCACUUGUUAAUUUAUUCAUAUCAUGUGACCAUGUCUCAUUAAUAUUUAUCAUGUCAUGUGACAUUCUUAUCCUAUCAUUUACAAUGCGCUGUCACGUACACAAACGUGCAGAUAGUGUUCGUGUUUCUGUGAUGUCCACUGAUGUACAUAAUAUGUAUAUUUAUAGCAAAAAGUCAAGUUGUAUAUAUAAUUGUUAUUACUUCUAUACUAUUAAUACUGUGGUAUUUCUCAAUAUCAUUGAAUAAAGAGGUCACAAUUGCCUAUUUUUUCAAA